AUGCGAAAGCGAAUGGCCCGCGCCCACACCCAUGCUGCGCACAGAUUGCUGUCGAGCUCGCUCCUCGCCAUAGCUUGCGAUUCGGUUGGUGCCUCGUGCCCUCCCGGCGAGUCUUGGACUCUUGCGCCACCUGCACCCGUCCUGAUCUCUGAAUCUUGUCGUGUACGUGCGUGAUUGCCUCCCCAUCCUCUUGCUGCAGGGGGGCAGCCAUCAAGAUCCAGCAUUUGUUUGUGAUUUGGACUCGCUGCAACUUGCAAGCCCGCGAGAGGCUUCUCCGGCGGUUUAUUGGGAGCGGGCAUACGUCCUGUUCGACGUAAUGCCCCUCAGCGAAAGGCUUUCGCCCGCGGUGAGCUGUCGGUGCUGAAGGUCAUGGUGGAUUGAGGGGCCGGCGGCUUGCUUCGUCUCUGAGCUGAGCAGGCAUGGGCGGCUCCGAGAGGACCGUUGUGUGGUUCAGGAGGGACCUCAGGAUCGACGACAACCCGGCCUUGGCCGCCGCCGCCAGGGACGGCUCCGUGCUCCCUGUCUUCAUAUGGUGCCCGGCCGAGGAAGGCCGCUUCUACCCCGGCCGCUGCUCCCGGUGGUGGCUCAAGGAGUCGCUUGCCCACCUUGGCAGGUCGCUGGAGGCGCUCGGGUGCCCGCUUGUGCUGAUCCGGGCCGAGGAGGGCACCCUUGCCGCGCUUCUGCGGUGCGUUGAUUCCGUCGGCGCUACUAGAGUUGUCUAUAAUCAUCUAUAUGACCCUAUUUCACUUGUCCGGGAUGACAAAAUCAAGAAUGAGCUUUUGGGCCUUGGAAUUUCUAUGCAGAGUUUCAGUGGUGAUCUGCUAUAUGAGCCAUGGGAAGUUUACGAUGACAAUGGGCAUGCAUUUACAACGUUCAAUAUGUAUUGGGAAAAGUGCAUGAGAUUACCUAUUGAAAUAUCACCAUCGCUUGCACCUUGGAGGUUGGUGCCUGUUCCAGGUAUAGAAAACCUUCAUAGUAGUUCAGUUGAUAACCUAGGUCUUGAAUCAAGUAAGGAUGAGGAAUCAAGCAAUGCUUUGCUAAGCAGGGCCUGGUCUCCUGGCUGGCGCAAUGCGGAGAAGACGCUUGAGGAUUUUGUGUGCCAUGGUCUCCUUGAUUAUUCAAAAGACAGAAUGAAGGUUGCAGGGACUACAACCUCGUUACUAUCGCCAUAUUUUCAUUAUGGUGAGGUGAGUAUAAGGAAAGUUUACCAACUUGUCAGAAUGCAACAAAUCAAGUGGGAAAAUGAGGGGAAAUCUGAAGGCGGGGAGAGUGUUAACUUGUUCUUGCGGUCAAUUGGUCUUCGAGAAUAUUCACGUUAUAUGUGUUUCAGCUUCCCGUUUACACAUGAAAGGUCGUUGCUGGGGAACUUGAAACACUACCCCUGGCGAGUAGAUGAGGAUAGGUUCAAGUCCUGGAGACAGGGAAUGACAGGAUACCCAUUAGUAGAUGCUGGCAUGAGGGAGCUUUGGGCUACUGGCUGGAUACAUAAUCGAAUAAGAGUAAUAGUUUCAAGCUUUGCUGUUAAAUUUCUACUCAUUCCAUGGACUUGGGGGAUGAAGUACUUUUGGGAUGUUCUGUUGGAUGCUGAUAUAGAAAGUGAUAUUCUUGGCUGGCAAUACAUAUCUGGGAGUUUGCCUGAUGGCCAUGAGCUCGGUCGUCUUGAUAAUCCAGAGGUACAAGGUCAAAAGUAUGAUCCGGAUGGUGAAUAUGUGAGAACUUGGAUUCCAGAAUUAGCUAGAAUGCCAGCGGAGUGGAUUCAUCAUCCAUGGGAUGCACCGAGCUCUAUACUAGAAGUUGCUGGAGUUGAACUAGGUUUUAACUAUCCUAUGCCCAUUGUAGAACUAAACACAGCUCGGGAGUGCUUAGAUGAUGCCAUCUCCACAAUGUGGCAAUUGGAUACAGCUGAAAAACUUGCAGAAUUUGAUGGUGAGGUUGUUGAAGACAACUUGAGCCAUAUCAAGAGCUUUGAUAUUCCAAAAGUUAUUUUGAAGGAACUUCCUCCAAGUGCUCUGCAGUGCGAUCAAAAAGUGCCCACUGCUGAUGGCAGGAAUCAUGAGUUACAGCCUAAGGAACUGAAUGGUGCAAAUAAACAGACUACUUGUGUUGAUGUGAUCAAGGAUUCAAAGAUGGAAGACACGAGUUCCGUAGCAAACUCUCCAAUAUCAAGGAAAAGAUCUGCCAGUGGUAGUGCAUUUUAUGUCCCAUCUUGUUCAUCUUCAGUUGAAGUGCACUCGCAGAAUCAUCAUCCUGGUGGUCCUUUCAUUGGGUCGUCAAGAUACAUCUUGCAGAAAGCAGAGAGGAGCUGUGCUGGUAAGGCAGAAGAUGACGACAAUGCUGAUACUGGUACAAGCAUGUCAAGACCAUCCAAGAGACCUUCGUAGCCAUGCCGCUCGGCAAUGGUUGUUGUCCUACUGAACAAUGGAACUGGAGAAGCGCAACACAAGAGAUCUUCCUGUAUCCCACUCUGAUAAGAAAGUUUUGUGCAUUUUUGUUACCUGCCUUCAUUUUUUUUUGUAUAAGAUGUUAUGUAAUCUAUAAGUAGUACAGAGACAGCGGCUUCGUUUCUGGGGUGGGACUGGCGGAGUCAUCUACCUUUGUUGCAAAAUAGGAGGGAACUGUUUAUCCUAAGUUUUAGCUUCUUAUUCGUUUUCUGCUUGCUGACUGUUUUGGCGACUUGGAUGAUCAAAUAUGUUCACCUGUA